AUGGAGGUGACCAGGCGGGCCUCCGCCCCCGAUGCCCGCAAUGCAGCGCGGUUGCUGCGACGCACGCCUCCGAAGGCUGGCUUGGAAACACUUCGGGAGCUAUGCGGGCAGCGGUUGGAGGCCAAUGCCUUCCACGCUGGAGCACUUCUGGGAGCCUGUGCCCAGGCCUUCGCCUGGGAGCACGCUCUGUCGAUGUUGCAAACUCUUCCAGGCGCAGCCCUGUUUCCAGACGAUGUCGCCUUCGCUUCGGCCAUUGCGGCCUGCGGCCGCAGCCUGCGCUGGGCCCUGGCUUUGGUUGUCCUUACAGAUUCUUUCGAACUGCACAUCGCUUCACAGGCGGGUGUGGGUGCCGCCAUCGCAGCAGCAGCUGGAGUGGGCGAAUGGCAGGUGGCACUGUCUCUGCUCGCUCAGCUGGAAGCGCACAAGAUGCAGCCUGAUGUUAUGAGCUACACACAGGCCCUCAGUGCCUUCGAGGGUUCCAGCUGCUGGCAGAAGGCCUUGUCCUUGCUCUUUGAAGCUGAUGAGCUUGGGAUGGCCAAUGAGAAAAGUUACACUGCCUCCAUGCGUGCGUGUACGGACCAAUGGCAGUGGUCCCUGGCCCUGUUCAGAAGGCUGCCCUGCCCUGACAGGCGAGCCUUCAACGUGGCAUUAAACUCCUGUGCGAAGGCCUUGAAGCGUGAGGUGGCCCUCGUGCUCCUCCGUCAGAUCCCGGAAGCGGAUGCCGUCAGCUACAACUCUGCCUUGGCUGCAUGCGGCGAUGACUGGAUUCAGGCCUUGCAACUGCUGGACGAGCUGAGCAGCCGUGCGGACAUGAUCAGCUACAAUGCGGUCCUCGCGGCUUGUGAGGCAGCAGGGGUUUGGCCUGUGGCAUUGAAUCUUCUGGGGCAAAUGAGAGAGGCCUUCCUGGAGCCGGACUCACUGAGCUGCCGUGCGGCCAUGGGCGCCUGUGCCUCGGCAGCCGCCUGGCGUCGAGCCCUGGCGCUAGCCCCACGAGCUCCGGAUGCUGUGGACCAUUUCAUGUGCGCUGCGUGCUGCCGUGCACUCGGUGCUGGCCUACGGUGGUCCGAGGCGUUGGACUUGAUUCAGUCGCCGGGAGUGGCACUCAGUGAGGUGGCCCUCAGCUGCACCAUUCGCGCUGCCGGGGCAGCCCACCGCUGGCAGGUCGCGACAAGGCUUUUGCAUCAGAUGGAGGAUCUCUCCGUGGAGAGCAACGCCUUUAGCUUCUCGGCUGCGAUCGAUGCCUGCGCCAAAGCUUCACAGUGGCUGCAGGCAGUGGGCAUCUUCAUGUCGAUGCCGGCUACCUCCACCCGGUGCAGUGAAGUUUGUCUGAAUGCGGCGCUUGCUGCCUGCCAGAGGGCCAGUCGUUGGCGCCAGGCUUUAGCACUGGGCGCAUGGGCGGAAGGGCAAGACGUCGCGGUGGACGAUGCUGGCCACCACAUCUUGCUCUGUGCACUCGAGGCCGUGGGACACUGGGCCGCGGCUUUGGCACUGCUGACUAGUCGCCAGCCGGCAGCGCCUGCUGCUGCUGAUGCAGCCACGCUGGCCGCCUGCCGAGCACUGCGCUGGCAGGAGGCUCUGAUACUUGGGCAUGCUGCUUUGAAGAAGCCCCAGCCGGGACGACGCGGAGAGGUUUUGGGUGCACUGGCUUGCCUUUGUGAAGAGCAAGGGCACCCUGCUGGGCAGCAGCUCUUCCAGGAUCUUGCCAAGGCAGCGCACGCGAGUGGCCUCCGGGGACUCAGCCAGGCCUUGGCCACGGCAUCGAGCUGGAAGAGAGACUGGACACCCCUGGAUGUCGCGGCGAAGCUGCGUGGUAUGUUGGGCGCUGGCUCCGUCACUGGAAGGCUACCCUACCAGAAGGAAGUGGCGCUGCUGAGGAAGGUGGUGGAACAGGCCAAUCCGGGGGAUGCAGCUUCUGUUGUGCAUCAGAUGGAAUGUUUUGGCGUGGAGCUGGGCAGCGCAGGUGGCUGGGCGAAAUUUGCUGCUGGGAGCAAGGCCCAGAUUUUGCUUUCGGGUGCAGCCGGGGCCGGGCCUUCUCCGAAGCAUGUCCUGGACAUUGGGGCCUACGGCGGUGGGUCAGCUCUGCACCUCGCAAUGGCUCUGCCGGGAGUUCAUGUGACCGCUGUCGAGCUGGAUCCCGUGAUGGUUGCUUUGGCGCGCUGCUUCUUGGGCUUUGCUGGAGUCGGCGACCGCGUGCGUGUGCUUCCAGGUCACACCAGGCUUCGGCUGCCAGGGCUCCAGGGACAGCGCUUUUCUGGCAUCUUCGCUGAUGUUUGGGGUGCCCAGUACGCAGACGUCCUCGCACUAAUUCAUCGACAUGCGCUGCUGUCGACUGGAUCGGUGCUCAUCGCGGACAAUGUUCUUCGCACGGGAGCGGCCGAGUUCGCGGGGCGUGUGACUGGCCAAGGUUUCCACACUGUCGUGAUGCCGGUCAGGGAGGUAGCAAACCCGGAAGAAGAGGACUGGAUGACGGUUUCGGUCUUGCGGGAUGCCGCGGCUUGGGAGACGAGUGUUUCGGAGGAGCUGUUGGAGCUCCAGGCGAGGUCUGAGCAUCUACGCGACGAAGCUACCAACGAGGGCAUCGCUCCAGAGGAGCACCAAGACUUCUCUGAGCGAGCUCGUGAGGUCUUCCGCAAAGCCGGGAUCGUGCCCGUCGACAGCUCGUCGUAG